CUGGCACCAGGGAUCAGGACCGACUUUUUGGAGUCUUCGUUUAUUUCAUCAGGUGUGAUGAAGCAAUUGUACCCCUAGCCCUACGUUCUCCUGAUUUAGGUGGAUAACUGGUUUGAUGACGUGGUCCUCAACUCGCAGGUCUGACAGAGAAGACCAAACUUCUUUUCUUUUUAGGACCACAAUACUUCAUUGUUUCCAGAAUUGAAGUCGAGCGGCAAAAUAAAACGCAAAGAGAAAGAAGUGCUGCUUCCUCGCUGGUCUAAUCAAACGGGCCGCAAAAAUGGCAGCGCUCGACCCAGUACUCCUGCCGACUCCGGAGGGUUUUCUGUGUCCGAUCACACACGAGAUAAUGCGAGACCCCGUGUGCACGGCCGACGGACAAACGUACGAGAGAGAGGCCAUCACGCAUUGGUUUCAAGUGAACCGCCGUGGCACGUCACCAGUUACCGGCGCAGUCUUGGCAGCCCGAUCGCUCACCCCCAACUACGCACUGCGCCGAGCUAUCGAGGCCUAUCUCGAAUCGCGGCCGGAGUUGGUCCGGAAAAAAAUGGAAGAGGUAAACAUUGCGGAAGCGGUCAAGAUCAGGGAGAGUGAUUUGGCAGAAGUCGCGCAGAAGAGCGAAGCCCGUGCGGAGUACGUCAAAAAAUUGGAGCAGGAGAAUGCACGCCUGCGGUCCAGGAUGGGACUUGAGACGCAGGGGGACGCUGCAACACAAGACGUUAUUAGCAGCGGAGUCGGGGAGGAAACCCGGGAAGCAGUGCGCAGAUCGCUUUCGUUUUCGCCGCUCCGGGACACUCAUAUCACUGAAAUGCGCUGUCUUUGUUCGGCGCGUGAUCUCCUGCGUUUACUCGCCGAAGGAGAGGACACUAUCAGCUUCAUUGCGGUUUCUCUCCACGCCAAAGCGAUGGAGGAAGCCUCGGACACUUUCAGUGUGGCCGCUGUCGUGCGUGUAUGUGACCAUAUACGAUAUUUUGCGGGACUAGAGCUCGAGUGCUCGAGCCUCGUGAGCCAAUUAUUAAACAUCUGCAGAGAAAGACUCCGAAAAUUUAUCUGCGAACAGGUAAAAGCUGUGGUGUCUAGUUCUCGUGGUGACCUUGUUGUCGUAUUGGCGUACUACUCUUAUGUACGCUUGAUACAAUGCAGAAACUGAAUACACUAGCACAGAGGUCUGGGCUGCACAAGCUAGGGGCUUGCAUGGACAAUAUAUCGCUAAUUUUUUACAGGUGCGCCAACCCGCGAAUGCUUCUUUGGAGGGCUUGGAACUCAGCCUCGGCCAGCGUGCGCUCUUUCUCGUCAACCUGAAACUCAUGGGGCAGCUGUUUUUGAGAUGCUUCCUUAGCGUUUCUGAUAUGAAAAGAGUAAUUAUGGACCUGUUGAGAAUGCAGUCGAACGUCGGGACGGAGUCGCCUUAUUGGAUGCCUGAAGGAGUCGCCGUAGCGGAGCAGGAAUCGCCAUCAUCAGCGAUAGAGCUCCCCGAAGAAAUUGAGCUUAUGGCUGCGUGCGAAUUGUUAAAAGACAUUGGCUUCACCCUCGAGUAUCUGACGCCGUACAUGGGCGCGGGGGGGAUCCCGAGAUGGUUGCGCCGUACAGAUCCUGAGCGUCAUUUUUCCAUUUUUGGCAUUUUUUUUGCCCGGCUGAAUCGUCUGCGGAAUUGUCAAGGUUCCCGGUACAGUGAGCGUUGUCUGAUUAUGAUUGACGAUUUGCACAAGUUGCGUGCAAACCAAUGGCGGAAACUUCCGGUAGUUCGCUCCAUGCCCGAACUGGAUUCGGAAGACUAUGCUGGUGCGCCACCAGCGAGCACAAUGUACGCGAGUACUUUAAAUCUCUUAAGAGAUCUUACGAUGUGACCUAUUCCACUAUUUCCUGAAUUAGCGAGCAGCGCACUGAUAUAGCCUGCGCUGAAAUAGUGUCAAUAUCAAUGGCGGUGCCUUCGCCUCACUGUUGUUUCUCCACUCUCUCGUUAGUUGUCAUUCUGAAGAUGAUCGUGAAAGAACCAUGUCCAACUCUGCUCCUUUUUUGCCACUCUGCAUAAUGAAGAUGAUCGUGAAAAA